AUGUCAAAUUGUAGCAUUGAACAACUGCAUGCUUUCUAUGUUCAAGAAAGACUGCUUUUCGUUAAAUUGGUACAAAAAUUUUCAAGAUCUCUAGCUGAGUCACUUCUUGUCAUGGCCACAUGGCUUUGGCUUGAAGACUUUGGCUUUGAGCACAUCUUCUCAGUCAUCAUGGCUCUCAACGAUCCACUCAUUGCAGCUCUUGCUAAUGAGGCUGUCUUAUGCUUCCGGUGUCUUGAAUCCGAAGAAGCUCCAAAUGGUUUCAGUCAGAUCCCUGUGAAUGCAGAAUUUAUGGAUAUAUCUCUUCAAAUAAUCUACCAAAAUCGAUACAGUGCCAUCACAGGAAUCAAAAACUUUUUAACCACUGUUUGCUCAAGAAUUUUCUCUGACAUCGUUCAACAAGUUAUCCCAUCCUCCUACAUCACUAGCCACAACCAGCCUCUCAUCAUUCCCGGGUUCCCGCAUCCAACUUUUGGGAGCAUCAACGUGAUGCCUAGUGUUGCUUCCUUGGAUAAUUUCUCCAGCAGAAAUGUAUUCCCUAUCCCUAGUGGUAUUUGGGGCUGGAAUGCUAGUUGCAUCGCAACUGAAAACGACCGGACCCUUUUUCUAACGUUUUCUCGUGGAUUCCCAGUAUCCGAAGCGGAAGUGAGGCUGGUCUUCACAGAAAUAUAUGGAGAAAACUGUGUUAAGGGCGUUCACAUGCCUAAGUACGGUGGAAACUUACCCAAUGAGAACUUGAAUAGUAAUCAGGAUGUUCAACAACAAUCACUAUAUGCGAGGCUGGUCUUGGAUUCAGUCGUUACUGUGGAUCGUAUACUUAUGGGCGGGAAGCCUAUUUGGGCUCGUAAGUUUGAAAAUAGAUACAGAAAAUAA